CGUGACGAGUCUUGGCUUCCUUGGUUACUAUGGUUUCCAGCGGCCGUGACGCCUCGCGUUGCAUUCUGGCCUGAGAAUCAGGAACACUGGGUCCGGUGUGCAUUGUAACGGCGCUCGGCUUAGCCUGUGAGCAGGAAAUAAUGGAGGAUGGAGUGAGGGCGGGAGCUGACUAUGAACAGCAAGUGACGAAGCUGCGGAAGAGCCUGAGAGACUGUGAAUUAAAAAGAUUGGAAUUGGAAAGAAGGAUGUCUAAAUACAGCUCUUCCAGUACACAUUUGUGUCAUCGGCAGUAUGAAAAGUUGAAAAAUUCUUUGAGAGAAAUCUGUGAGAAGGAGAAGAAGGCUCGCCUCCGAAAUCAAACAUUCCUACAGGAGUUUGAAAGCAUUGAAGCUCGCUUACGUUUUCUCUUAACAAAUUCAAGGAUAUCUCAACAUACAAAGAUGCUGCAAGUUUCACGACAGGCAGAAAUUAACACAAGCGCAGACAUGUCAAGAAGAAUCUAUCAUCCAGCAACAAUCUUCAUGGGCCGCCAAAUGUCAGCCAACUCAAGCAUUGAACAUUGCCUUACACAGAGGAAAUCUCCCCAGCCCACAAAGAGCUUUUCUAUUUCUGACCCACAUUCAGUCAGACAGGCAGCAAUAAACAGCAAUGUGACAGACAGCUGUGUAGUACCAGCUAAUAGUGAUACUCAGUGCUUAAAUAAGCCUGACAAAAUAGAUGGGGAGACAUCAUCCUUCCAGAUUAGUCAAAAAAUGCUGGUCACAUCCAUCGCUUCUUCUGAGGAUGCGAGAACACACCGCGCAGAGAUCGACAAGACUCAAAGUGGUAGGAAACAUUUAGUUGAAAGCAGGCAAUCUGCACAACUUAGCUCACAGACUCUGAAAAGAUUAAGUCCAGAGAACAGAACAGGGGAUUUACAGAAUGACAGCCCAGGCAACAAGGUGGAAGAUUCAUUGAUGUAUGAAAGGCUGGUUCCUAAUGAAGAGAGAUUUACACACGCAAGCCCCUCUGGAUCUCCACCUGAUGCCUGUGAUUACAUAAAUAACCAAACAUCAGAUAACCGGAGCGCCGCUGAAAAUCUGUCAGAUUUUCAUCACGUCCCCAACAAGGAAGACAGUGAUGUUUCUGACAGCAGCAGUGACCUCACCGUGUCUAUCACUGAAUCAGACGUGUCUGUCGAUGAUCUGCUUAAUGCCAUUGAUGAGAAAAAAGAUUCGGUGGGACCACAAUUUCAAAAUAAACCUGAGCAGAAAACUCCUGUCUCUAACAAGAAGAUCCCAGACAACAAGUUUCCAAGCUCCUCAGAUCAUUAUUCAUAUGAGGAGUCUUCAUCACUCUCCACAGUUAGUCCAAAUAACCUUUCUAGCCAAGGAUUCAUUCAUCUGCUUCAGUGCAUAGAAGGUAUGCUGCAACAGAUGGAACCUUCUCCCAUGCAACUGUACCAGGAUACUGGUCUCAGUCACAAGAAAAGAGAUGACCUCAUAAGGGUGUGUAAUCAGAUGAAGCCUCUUAAUAAAGAAGACCUUGAGGCCUGUACUGCCCUUGUCACCCAACAGCUUCAGAUAGACAGUGGAAGAAUUGUAGACAAGGAAAUUAUUUGCAACCACAAUCUUAACCAAGAUGGAGAAAGAAUACACCAUUCAACUGUCCUAAGCCGACCAGUCUGUCCUGAUACUAUUGGUGGAGAAAUGAAAUUUUCGGCAUCAUUGCGAGAGCAUCUGCUUGGCCAUAUAGCUUUCUUGAAAGAACGUGGGAUUUUGAAAGGCGGUGUUCCAGCCGGUUUUGCUACCGUAUUGAUGCUGCAUGAUGAAAUGAAAUCUCAGCAGGGUAGCGUCAAUACAACAGGAGAUUUGAACAGUACUACUUCCAUUUCCAGCACAGACGAACAAAGCUCCAACCUUCUGAAGAGGGAUCAAACUGUAAAUGGACAUUACAACCAUAAGCGGAAACAUGAAGACUGUAAAGUAAAAAAUCGAGAUGACACAAGCUCGUGUGAAGAUGACAGCAGAGAUGGAAAGUUUGGAGCGAAAGAACGUGUUCCAGGCAAUUCCACAGUUUUGUUACAAGAUGUAAGGGACAGAGUUCACACAGAAGAAGAUAACAUUGAGGAAUUUAGCGAUAUAUCAGAUAUUGAGAUUCCCGGCUUAACUCAGGACACUGCUAAUUUGAAAGGAAUUUCAAGAAAUAAACAGAGUUCAGAAGGUACCAUAUCAUCGAAUGAACCAAGUCCUGUGCACAGAAAAGAAAAUGCAAGCACAGUGGCAACAAAACGGAUGUUUAACAAAGGGCCAAACAAAGUGAAGUCUAAAGGGAUGGUGGACAGCAGCCACUCUACAGUUAAAUCUCACAUAUCCCUUUUUAAAUCUAAAAAAUAACAUUGUUGCUGACCAUUCAUGAAUGAGACCAACAAUCAGCUUUUUGGGGAGAAUCGGAUGACAGCAGCUCAGAUAUUGAAGCCAUUCUUAGACCAAAAACUAAUCAGGUUGAAGGUGAUGACUUUGAUGACUUCUUCGAUUAGAGCACAGGAACAAAUAAAGAUGCCUUACUUGCCUUAUAUACAUUAGACCUGUAUAGUGAAUGUAUUUGUUUUGUUGUACUAAGUGUAUGACCUUUUUAUGAUUUGUUGGAUUAAUGAACAUUUUAUGCUUGCUAUACAUGGUUUUGCUUUUUUGUACAUCAGCUAGAUUGAUUACUUGGUCAGUGUACUGAUUGUAUUUUUUAGUGUUAAAAGGUGUUACUCUAGUGGCUGGUCCAUGUCGUCGUACAAUGCCUCCUGGCAGACACCGUUACCGUCUCACCUACAAUUAUCACCAUCUGGCCUGGACCUCCUCCUACCAUGCUCUCACUGCUUCCUCCUCCAAAGUUGUUCCUGUUUUGUCCCCUAUGGUGCACGCCUUCUCUCUUCCUCUUAUAGUGGCUGUCCACACAUCCGAAACCUGUCCCCACAUGCCCUGGCUUAGAACUCUCUAUUUAUGGCUGCCCUGCCCGUUCUUUGGUGCCUGAGAAAUAGCGUAGUAUUUCAUAACAAAAUUCUAUUGUCUCUUUAGUGAUUGUGUGCUGUUAUUCUGUGUUUUAAUCUGUGCAUGAUCUCCUGAUCCUGCCAGACCCCCAUACUAUUGACCUUCUGCAUUGGCCUGGUUCCAUGGUGUUUUCUAGUCAGCUGGACCAGUAGCUAUACACAGUGGAACAAUUUUUGAAAGUGACCUUGUAACCUUUAGCAGCUAAGUCCAGCUUCCAUAUCCUUGAGUAGAAGUAAGGGUGAAAACUUGGAGAGAACACAUAAAUAGAUUCUGUGACUUAUUGUGGCACACAGCCAAACUAGUUUGAUACCACAGGUUGACCACACCCGUUGCACCAUUAAUAAUAUUUUUUUCCAGAAAAAAGGGUCUGCUUUUUUCCAGAAAAAAAUAUCAGGCUGAGCAUAGUAUUGCAGUUCAGCCUUAUUUAAUUAAUGCUGCAAUACUAAACCAAACCAAUUAACAUAAGUAGUGCUUUUUCUGGCAAAACAAAUCCUGGACACCCCCUUGAAGUUUAGAUAUUACAUAGCUAUGGGUAGAUGCUUUGGCAUGCUGUAGGGACUGGCUGGCCGUGUAUUGAUUUUACCCUACAUCCGUCCUUAAAGAAUAGUGCCCCCUUAAUUCUCCUUACACUAAUGGUGCACCCACACAUACUAAAGGUGUAUUCCCAUUAUUGGUACCAAUAAAGUGCCUUGCACCAAUAAUAUUAGCCUCUUAGUGCCCCCACUUAGGAAUAACAAUCCUCAAAUCCUCAGUUGUAAUGCUUAUUAAAGUUCACACUAAAUAAUGCCCCUAGUGUCUCACACUCAUUCGUGUUUCACUUAGUGCCCCCAGUCAGUAAUGUUACCCCCUUUGGGUCCACACUUACUUAUAAUGUCUACAUUUGUGCUCCCAUUUAAUAAUGUACAUCCCUUAAUGCCCUAUUUAGGAAUGAUGCCUACCUUAGUGCUCCCACUGCCUACUGAUACUUUCUCUUUUUUGUGGCUCCUAGAUUUAGGGUAUGGUUUUAUGUACUGCUGCUUAUGUGCACCCAGUGUGUUGGAUCAUCUGAGAAUAUGCAGCGUAUUUCCCACUGCUGCGGACGAUUUUUCGCAGUGUGAAAUACGCUGCGGAAGCGGUACAUGGGACCAUACCCUUAAAGCACAUUUGUCAAGCCCUGCCUUAGGCUGGGUUCACACUGUGUAAUUGCAGGUGUAUUUCAUUGUAAAAAAAAAUAAAAUGUGUCCGCAAACUCACGGACAUUUUGCAUCCAUACUUUUAACAUAAAUGUGCUCUUUGUAAGUCUAAAGGAAAGUGGUUGUCUGUGCACACAAUGGGGGGAAUUUAUCAACGGCUUUAGAUGGGGUUUUUCUGCGGUAAAAAGUCUCAAAAAAGUUAUAUCCACCCUUGUAGACAGUGUGUGAAAUUUAUCCUUGCGACUUUUUUUUAUAUCCACCCUUGUAGCAGUGGUGUGAAAUUUAUCCUUGCGACUUUUUGAGGAAAGUCGCAGAAAAAGUCGCAAACCACCCCAAAAAGUUUCUUACACAAAAGCCUGUGGAGAGUAAAAAUUGGGGGUUAGCGCUAGCUGUAAUUGGGCUAAUGCUAAGCCCCGGCUUAGCAAUUGACUCCAUCUAAAAGACGGCUUCCACUACUAAGCCCAGUAAAGUAAAUUUUAAAAACACAACACGUUUUAAAAACUUUUAUCCCAAAAAUGCUCCCCCACAAGCCCUCAUUAACCAUUUUAUUAAUAUUUUACAAAAAAACGCGGGUCAACGAUUUAGUCCACCAAAUCCGAAGAAGUCCUCUGCAUAUAUGGAUCUGUAAUGAGAAGAAAAAAACCCCAAGAAAAAUAGGUUACUACAUUUAGGGGGGAAAAAAGUGGUGAAAAAAAAGAAGUAAAGCAUCUUUCACACUGCCGUUGUGAUAUGGCAGUGUGACAUCCGUUGGGGAACCCUGGAAGAAUAGCGUUCUCCCAUUUUACAAAAAAAAAAAAAAAAAAGGAAAACCAUGAAAUAUAUAAACAUAUUUGGCAUCGCCAUGGGUGGAAAAAUCAGAACUAUUCAAAUUAAAUGUUUAUUAUCCCGUGUGUUGAAUGGAGUAAACGUAAAAUAUCAGAUGCCAGUCACAUAAAACUUUGUUGAAUAACAGUUUGAUCUAUAUAGGUAGUUUCUAU